CAAAAUUAAAUGAACGUAAAAUUGUAAAUUUUGCAGACUUCGCCUCGUCAGCGAGCAGCAGUAGCAGCGUAAAAUCCGAUGCGUCCGACAAGUCUCGAGGUCCAAGUAGUACGCCGGACAACGUGGCAGGACAGCACUCAAUUGAUUCACCAACGCGAGGCAACGCUCAAUCAGCGCCGUCGACGCCAUCGACCACGUCGUUGAGCAGCAGUUCGACGACGAGUACAACGACGACGUCGUCGACCACGGCGUCACCACGGUCAUCGUCGGCUCAACGAGCCAACGCGCAACAGCAGCAGCACGGCUCGACGACGCAAAACGCCAACUCGGCCAGUUCGCAACCUGCUGGUGCCAUGAGUGCGCCGUCGGGUCGUCAAGUGCCCAAGAGGCGGAUGCGUCGACGAGCCACGUCUCAGUCUCAAGACCCAGCUGAACAAUUGACCGAAAUGUCGGUGCGAGGCUUGAAUCUGUUCCGUUACGCCUCGAUAUCCGAAGGCGUAUAUCAGUGCACCGAGUGCGCUAAAGUCGACAUCCAGAAGACCUUUAAAAAUAAGUACAGCUUCCAGCGGCACGCCUUCCUUUAUCACGAGGGACACCAGCGGAAAGUCUUCCCCUGUCCCGUGUGUGGCAAGGAAUUCUCAAGGCCCGACAAGAUGAAGAACCAUAUGAAGACCGUUCACGAUUGCUUCAUGCCCAAGGAUUGCGUUAUGCCGUUUAGCUUCUUCCAGCUGCAGUAGAGCUGCGCGCUGAUCUCUCAUUCUUCUGAUUUUUUUAUUACUAAAACGGACACACAUACGACGGCGUUCACGCUGUGCCUUAUAUUAUAUUCUUUUCAAUCCGAUGAUUUACUGGGCAAUUUUAUUUCUCAUUCGUAUUGUACACUCCCAUCAGUAGUUUCGAAAUAUGUUUCCUCUACUUUCUUUUCGAACGAUCAAAAUUUUAUUCCUCAAAGCAGAUCAGACAGCGACACUGUGAUCAAAUGUUCAAGGGACUCGACAGUAUUUUUUUUUCUUUUCGCGUAGAAGAUACUUUUUUGUUUUGUUUUUCACUUCGCGUGAAGCAAGUGUUUUUUUUGCGCGUCUUAGGUUGUAAGCGAUAAAAAGGAAAAUAAUUAGACGGGAACAGAUGCAAUACGUGGUUUUAUUCAUGUAAGAGGAUUGUGUGCGUUGAAGGGAACAUGCCAGCUUGUUUGUUUUUUCUUUCCUCCGAGCGCGCGACACUCACUUUUUUUUCUUUUUUUUUUUUUUUUGUUUUGCGUCUGUUUUAUUUUUUCCUUUUUAUACUUAAAUACACAUCGCUGCGUGUCUUCUGCGAAUUUACCAAUAUUUUUUUGACUUGCAAUUUGACCGUUAUUAUUAUUACUACAUUUUUUGUGUAAUCGAUUGCGGCGCUGAGAGUGAUUAUUUUAUUAGGAAAUAUUACAUAGCAAUUCCAAAAUAACAAUUAAUGUUACAUAUCCAGUUUGCCUUAAAUUAUCCGCGAUUCUUCGCGGAGAAUCUUUCACAAACGACUUCGAACUCUUGUUUACAAGUGUUUGUAAAGGGAUUUCGUUUACAUGCAUUUUUUAUAUGAUAACGGAGAAGCGUUUGACUUUUCUCUCCAGGAAAGCGAAACUGAUGGUGCGCGCAAGUAAGAAAAAAAAAAACUAAAUAAAACUAUUUAUCGACGUAGAAAGUAUUUCAAGAGUAUAUUAUAGAUACAAAUAUAUUGCAUAUUUCUGAAAGUUUAUAUCGUUGGAAGUGAGAAAGAAAGCAAUGAAUAUAGAACGAUUUAUAUAAAUAGACGACUAUGGAGUAGUUUUCAUAAAAUUAUUUUUUCCCGUCUUACGGAGAGAAAAGAUAAGUGUUAGGGAAUAAUUACGAUGCAAAUCAGAAUUAUAUAAUGAUAUAUAUAAUGAAAGUUAUGCACAAAUAAUACAAGAGCCAAUUGCUUAGCAGCGACUAUGUUUAUCUGUACAGACCUCUAAAUUGAGUGUAUUAUAGAGAAUAGUUCAUUGACGAUUUGUAACUCUUUCUAUCAAUAUUAUGAUUAUCUGCAGACAAUGCUAUUUUUAUUAUUGCUGUUACAAUUACCGCUAUUAUUAUAAUGUAGUUAAAAAAAAUUAUUAUUGUAUAAUUAUAUUUACUAUUACUAAUCGUUUUACGAGCGCACAGAAUAAAUAUAUAAAUAUAUCUAUAUAUAUUGUGAAUUUUUUCAAGAUAUAAUGAAGCGAUAUAGAUGCACGGAUGCACUACGAGCACACAUAAAGAAUGUUGACAAAGAUGAAUAGCGAUAGUAAGAAAAUUUAUAUGAUUACGUGUUUAUUGUGCAUUAUUAUAUAUUUAUAACUCAGUUUCUCGACUGGAAAAUCUUCUGCGUAGGUUCCUUGUUUGUUUUCCUACCAACAAUUUUGUUUCUUCCGCGUGUACGUUUUCCAACGAAAAAAAAAACAAAAAGACGAAAACAAUUUAACGAGGGCACGUUUGUUGAUUCCUACGUUUUUUCUUCAUUAUAUAAAUUUUUUGGUGAUGGGAUGCACAUUUUUUAGAGAUUUCUAAAUAAUUAAUAAAAAAAAAUAACGAAAAAAUAAUUGCGCUUAUCUUUUUUGAAUGAUUCACAAAUGGCGUCCGAGUUUGAGAAGAUGUAAUAAUUGUUUGAUAUACGCAAAGUUCACGGUACUGCGACGUGGCUCACGUUCAUUAUUGUCAAAACUAUGUGCGUGAAUCGAGUCGAUAGCAGUAUUGGUCUUCCGCAAUUAUAUAUUUGUUACAGCUGUAAGAAAUUUAAGUGUGCGUGUACAUUUGAGGAAAUGUGUGAGUUUUCUUUUUUUUCUGCGAAAAGAGCGCUUGAGGGACGUGAGUUUUGUAAUAAAGUUUAUAAUAGAAGAUAGCGUUAAUAUUUGAAAGAAAAAUUUAUUUAAGAGAGCAAAUAUAUAUUUAAAAAGAUAUCAUUUUAUGCGCACGUUUUUUCUAACUUUACUACCAAGUGGUUUCAUUCGUCUAGCGUUGGCCGCUUUCACCUAAUUGAACGUCAAGAUUGUCAUCGUUUGAGCAUUAUUCAAGCGAAAUUGUUCUUUGCUCAUUCGCAUAAUUACAAAUUUUGUAAUGCAAGCUUAAAUUUGUGGACAAUGUUCAGACAUUUAAAUUGCGAAGGAACGUAUAGUUAUUUACAUUUGACUAUUUAUUAUAAUUAUGAAGUUAUUAAGAGUUAAUUUAUAAUUAAUUUUACUAACUGGUAAAAAGUCCAUUAAAUUUAAAUGAAAAGCUUUUCACUUGAUUCCUAUACUUUAUCUGCAUUAUAUCUAUUUAAAUUGUGAUAAGACGCUUUAGUGCAUUAAAAUUUUUUAUGAAUUAAAACAAAACAUGUAUUGUCGUAUAUUAUAGUUAAAAAUUUAAUUCAAUAAGAUCUAACAUUCUUUUUUAUAUUGAAUAAUUUUUUUAUAACAAUCAUAUUUCAAAUAACAGUUACAAUUAAAUGAAAAAAAGUUCUAAUCUUCAAGAUAAGUUCUAUAAAAAAUAAAUUACAAGUGAUAUGUGUAAUAAUGCAAAACAAAGUUAAUUCAAAGCUCAAACGUCAAUCUAACGUUGGUCAAACGUAUAUAGUGAUACCUCAGCGUCAAGUCUUCAAUAUCCUUCUCAAUUUUUCGUACUUUAUUAAGCGCAUGCAUUGAAAUUCUUUUUCUAUAUGUGCAGAAUACGGUACGGUCAUUGAGCAAAAAUUUAUUUUAUAGUUUAUGUCUGUAUUUCUCUCUUCCAUGUAUUAUUAAUAAUGCGAUUAAUUCACAUGAUGUUGUAGUUUUAUAAUAAUAAUAAAUAUCAUCGCUAUUACAUAUAUCUGUUCACUGUCAUUCCUCCCUUUUGAUCUAAUAGUUUUAUUGAAAUUUAAAUCAUUUCA